ACCCGCCCGCGGGGACCGUUGGCGCAGGCGCAGCCCGGGCGCGGCUGCGGGGACUCGGCGUCGGCGCGCUCUGCCCGCGCCUGCAGCGGGGUUGCUGCGCGUCCGGAGAAACCGGCUCCCCGGGCUCGAUCGGUCUCGGGUCUCGGGGUGGGAGGUCCGGGCCGCCUCGCCUGCUGCCCACGGCUCGGGGCCUGCAGCUCGAGACAUGGUGGCCAAGUCGGAGGCCGGCCGCAACGCCGCCGCCUAUUUCCGCAGGGCCAGACCCUUGGCCUCCCUGGUCACGGUCCUGGCGCUGGGCGCUGUCGCGUGGGUUGUCUUCUGGCCGCAGAGCAUCCCUUACCAGAGCCUAGGACCCCUGGGCCCCUUCACUCAGCACCUGGUGGACCAUCAUCUCACUCUCCUGCGCAAUGGGUUUUGGCUUGCCUGGCUGAUUCACGUGGGAGAGUCCUUGUAUGCCUUGGUCUUGUGCAAGGCUAAAGGCAUCACCAAUGUCCGAGCUCAGUUCCUGUGGUUCCUACAGACUUUCCUCUUUGGAAUAGCAUCUCUCUCUCUCUUGAUUGCCUAUAGACCCAAACGCCAAAAACGUACUUAAAGAAGACGUCUGGAAGUUUUCUCCACACUUAAGACAUUCAGCCUCGCCUAUUGGAGAGGCAUGUUGUUGUUUACUUGAUCUUUCUACUUUCUAGAAAGUUAAGACCUAGUUAUUCAUUAUUCUUUUAUACGCUCUUACCGAGCUUGAGUAACUAAGAGGAAACUGUUCUAACUUUCCAAUUCUUUAGACUUAACCUAUUUGGCAGAGGGCUUCCAGCUACCUUCUGGAGGCCCUUGGCAUAGUUGGUGCUUUCCCUCACAUCUGGUUUAAACCACAUACUUGAGGCUGGGUUAAUAGUAUAGGGGCUCAGGCACUUACCUUGAAGGUGGCUAACCUGAGUUUGAUCCCCAGCAUUUCAUAUGGUCCCCCAAGCACUGCCAGAAGUAAUUCCUGAGUGCAGAGCCAGGAAUUACCCCAGAACAUCACAGAGUAUAGUGUAUGGUCCAACAAGGACAAAAUAA